UCAGGAAUUUUGGUGGAAAAUAUAUAGGAAAAAUGGUAGCCUUUUACCACGAACCACGGUUACUAAAACAUGGUUAAUUACACGUAUAAAUCUCGGUUUAAUUUCCACCGUUGUCAACCCCUCAAUAAAGUCUACAUAAAUAUAACUGUGGGAAUUUGGUUGAGUUUUGGCACAAAUCCUAGCAUGAAAUAAUAGUAGAAGUAGCGUAGAUUCACACCGUUGUUUUCCACCAAAAAAGUCAACAGAAAAUUCUCGUAAAAUUCCACAUUGAGUUUUGCUCUCUCUUGGGAGCGCAUGCAUUUUCUUACUUCAUUUUUAUUCAACGUGUUCAAAAUGUCUGACUCAUUAAAGUUUUCAAUUUUACAAAUUGACGUCAAGGGGACGAAAUUAGUUGAAAUUGUACCACUGUCAUGGAUUGACGAGACAGAGAAGGUGGUAUGUUGGCCCCCACCAGCAAAAUUAAAGAGUUUGUCUAAAAAAGGCUCCUCCCUCCCACUCCCAUCAUGGCGACAACAAAAUUUUGAAAAAAUCUUAGGAAAAUACGCCUCUUGGGAAAUUGCAUGUGAAAAGCUGAAGGUGGCAGAGGAAACUUCCAACAUUGAGAGUGACUCCGAGGAGGAACCCCCACAUCGUCGAAGAAAUAACGUCCCCCAAGCAUUAAUUGAGGGGAAUCCACCCCAAAUUUCAUCUGACAGUAGUGGGGAGGAGGAGGAAGGUGAUAUCGCCGUGGUCCCUCCAAGCGUAACUUUGGAUUCUGAAGGUACAAUUUAUUUUUCUAAAUAUAUGUACAUAUUUUUACCUGAUAAUUGGGUUAUUUACAAAUAUUUGUUUUUCAAGCCACUCCUCCAAAUCAUCCUCCCGACUCGGAAGUACAACUCGUGAAUGAGGAAGGUGGCGCAAUUUUGCUG